GCGCGCCCGACGGAAAGCAGCGCGCCAUCCAGUGUUGAUGUGUCGCAGAUUUUAAAGUGAGGCAGCUGGAGUUUGGUGCGACGGACGCGCAGAGGCUGAGCGCACUAAACAAGUGUUCACACCGGGAGCGAGCGGCGCACUGAUUCUGACGGGUUUUCCCCUCCUCCUAACUAUUUUCAUUUUUGCACUUCGACAGAGCAGCACAGACCCAGUUUGCGUCCUGUUCGGGGCGUUUGGAGCAGCGCGCAGGGAUGGAGUUGUCAUCCAUAGGAGACCAAGUGUUUGCAGUUGAGUCAAUAACAAAGAAGAGAGUGAGAAAGGGUAAUGUGGAGUAUCUACUGAAAUGGCAAGGAUGGCCCCCAAAGUACAGUACUUGGGAACCAGAGGACAAUAUUUUGGACCCGCGCCUGGUGCUGGCCUACGAAGAGAAUCAGGAGAAGAUCAGAGCUCUGGCCUAUCGCAAGAAAGGUCUCAGGCCCAGGAGGCUCGUCCUGCGGAACAUCUUUGCCAUGGACCUCCGCAGUGCACACAAGGUGGCAGAGAAGCCCUCACCCAGGCUGCGUCUCUCCCUCACCCGCGCCAUGAGCACAGACGUGGACCAGGGCGAGCGGGGCAGCAUGUACCGUCGCCCAGUCAGGAGGAAGAGCAAGCAGAGGGUGGCUAAACAACGGUCAGACAGAUGCUUAAACAAACCCAUCCAUACACUGAUAAAGAAGGAGGAGCCUAUGGAAGAUGACUGGAGCGGCACCAGUGAAGAAGAGAAGCAGGAGUCUGAAAGCACUGAGGAGAGACACGAAGACAGUUUAUAUGGUCAGUCAGAGUGCAGUUCCCCACCCUUGCUGGAGCGACAGGACCUAGAGAUGGAGGUAGAGGAGAAGGUGGACGCCAACCUGACAGCGGCAGGCACAGAAACAUGGACUGAAGGUCUGGGUGCAGACACGAGACAGAACCAAGAAUUUGCAUGCAACCAAUCAGAGAACAGCGCCUCAGUGCCUGUGGCCGGACCAGGAGAUGCGGUUAUCCUCCACAACAAGUCAGAUGGGGACACAGGUGAGGAGGGUGUGAAGUCAGGGUCGGAGUGUCCCAAGUCAGAGAGAAACAACACCACCUCAGUGAUAGUGCGUGUUAACAGGAGCAGCGAGACAGUGGGCACCACCGCCGCCACCGUCCUCUCCACUGCUGAGGCAAGAAGUGACAAUCAGAGCUUUACCACGACGGCACCAGGUAGUCAGACCAUUGCAGCAGAGGAUCCUGGGAAGGUGAUCGUGACAGAGGUGACUCUCAACUCCCUGACGGUGACCUUUAAAGAGGCCACGGUAGCUGAGGGCUUCUUUAAGGACUACUGAACUGACAGAGAGGAAAACAACCAGAAUCAGACUUGCCACUCAUUUCCACAUGUAAGUAGUUGUUUAUGUAAGAUAACACGUUUACAAAGCUACACUCAUUUCCUACUGAGUUCAAUGAAGACAUUGCCUUUGAAUGAGUGGUAAUUGUAUCAUUGUGGCUCAUUUAUUAAUUGAUGAGGAGCCCGAGGUCCCAAAAAAUGUGCUCAAAUCAUCUGUUGCAUUCCAGUGGAAUAGGUGGAUCCCAGCGGCAUGUUUCAUUCCCAGGGCCACUGGGGGACACAGGUGG